AUGGAUGACAUUCAUCUCCCCAUCGCAAUAAGACGCUCUCGUCGCAGCAGCAUCAAACCAGAGCCAGACAUGCCCUCAUCCCCAAUGCCCUCCAAAACUCCCAAGCGCUCCUCCCGACGAGUUCGCUUCUCCGACCCAGGCGCCUCUUCAUCCGGCUUAACCCCCAUGGUCAAUCGCUUCACCGUCGCAACACCCAAGCGCCGUCGCCACUCAUCCUUGCCUGUCCAAACAACCCCCAGCACAAUCCGCUCAAAACCAGCGCUCCCUGAAAGCGGCGAAGUCACGUUUCUGCCGCUGCGCCAAGUCCUCGACGGUCGCGUGCAGCGGAGAAUUCGUCGCAAUGGUCUGAGCGAGGAGAUGAACACAAUUCAACAGGAAAAGCGCCGCCGGAACCAAGAAGCAAAAGAUGAGAUUGAAAAGUUGAGGAAUGAGUUGAAAGCGCGUGAUCGCGAGAUUUAUGAAUUGCAGAAUGCGACUAUCGUCAUCGACACAGAUCGCAUCUGGGAUCUUGAGAAGCAGAUCCUAGAUCUUCAAGAUGAGCUGACUAAACGAUCAGGUCGCGCUAUGGAUCAGAGCAGAGGGUAUAACUGGACUCUUGCAGCGCGGGAGAAGUUCUCGCAGGAUUUUAUGGACAUGACGCCUGAUGAGGAUCAGUUUGGGGAUGAGACUAUGGCGCAGUUCAUUUGUAGCACGCCUUCGAGGGCGCGUACUUCGUUCAUGACGCCUCCUGCUACGAGUCCUACUGUACCUGGGACGCCGAUCUUUGAACCACUGGAGACAACGGCCAUGGUUGGCGUUCAGGCUUGUCUGCCAGAUCCUAAGCAGCUGCAGUUGGAAGAGGAAGUGUCGUCGCUUCAACUGGAGGUGGCAAAGUUGACCGACACUCUUGAAUCUUACAAGACCCUCAGCGGACGCCUUUCCGACAAGUUAUCAGACUUUACACCCCGGGAUCAAUCAGGCCUCGAGGCACAGAUUGACGGCAUGCUCCAAGCAAUGUCCGACAGAACAUGCGCCCUGCAAACCCUCACAUCCUCUAUCACAAAACUCGGCUUCACUGGCUCUGAUGCCAGCGACAUGAUAACAACUCUCAUCACCAACUUCCGCGCCGCGCGGUUAGAGCUCGAGUACCUAACUCCCGGGGAAAUCACCCUCCCCCUAUCAUCCCACGGUGCAGAAGUCUUGGAUCUCAUGCUCACGCGUUUACGCGACAUGGCGAAGCGCGCGAAGGAAGAUGAGGAUGCUAUAGAUGAGUAUCACGAGAUCGAGCUCUCCCUACGGAAGCAGUUGGACGCAAGAGUCACAGUCAUGGAUGGGCUCAAAGCAGAGAUGGGAAAGGCUGAGAAGCUUAUCAGUGAUAAGAUUGCGAGGAUCAGAGAGCUCGAGGUUGCGAAUCAGAGGCUUAAGGGUGCUGUGGAUGGGUAUAUCCGCGACAUUUCAGAGCUGGAAGAUCUCGUUCAGCGAAUGGAGCGCGAAGCCCAUGAUGCCAAUGACGAGUAUGCUGUGCAACUAGAAGUCAAGCACAAAAUCCUCACCCGCAAAGAAGACACCAUCGCCUCCCUCGAAAGCAAACUCUCAUCCGCGCUCACCCGCUCCACCGAUCUUCAAGCCCAAAUGCUCAGUAUCCAAACCACCAACACACAAACCAUUUCAGAACUCAACAAAAAGCACGGCUCAGCCCUUGCAGCGCGCGACGCCAGUGUUCUCAAGUACCGCAGUGAAAUCGACAAGCUGAAUGAAUCUCUGCGCUCAGCACAUGAUAAAAUCUGCGGUCUGCGCGUUGAAAACGGUGGUUUGAAGAGGCAAGUUGACGAGGAGAGGGUCAAGGCGAAGGAAGUUAUUGAUGCGAUGAAGGAGGAGUUGGAGAGGGUUGUCAAGAUGAGUCAGGAGUUUUUGACGCCGAGAAAGGAAGAGUCAGAGGUUGUGAAGGGACAGGGGGUUAGGAGGGUGAGUAAGAGGUUGAGGGGGAGGGAUAGUGGGAUGGGGUUGUUGGAUGAAGAGGAGGAGGAGUUCUUUUGA